ACAUGCCCUUCAUCCACAUCUGCUAUCCAAGACAAACAAGAAGAACAAUCAGGGGACCAAAGGCGACAGUCUCAUUUUAGAGCCGUGACAUGAAAUCAGUGCUGGAUAGGGGAGGAGGGAUGUGAGGAUGAGAAAGUGGUGGUGAAGUGUUAAGAUGGGUGAAGAUAAGAUGGAGUGCCAGGCCUGAUUGCAUUUCUAUCGGUUGUUUAUGGAUCAGACACGGACUGGUUUGGCUCCUCUGGGACCGACUUUCUUCCGACUGGACAGCAGGCGAACGGAAAGAUAAUGCGAAAAAUAAAAGAAAACAAGGAGAGUACAAAGGAAGGAUGUCCGUGAAAGGUGCAAAGGGAGGACCGGAAAGUAGACCAUCCUCUGCCGCCAGCACAUCUCCACGAGUGGGGAGGGCUGCAGCAGCUGGAAGAUCACCCGUUGCAGGCAGAUUUAAAAACAAGGCCCUUCAGCUCAGCCUCUCCAAGAAAUUCUGCUCAAAGUCCCCCACACCCCAGGGGAAGGGCCCUGAGGAGCAGGGUAGUCGGCGUGGUAAAAGGAGCCUCAGCAACAGCUCAGCGGUGGCCGCUGCCUACGUCGCUUACCUUAAUAAACUUUUUGGACAGGAGAGGCAGCUGAUGCCACUGGAGAUAGAUGAGCUUCAGGAGGCCUUUAAGGAAUUUGACUAUGAUGCGGAUGGCUUCAUCCAUUACAAAGACAUCGCAGACUGCAUGAGGACCAUGGGCUACAUGCCUACAGAGAUGGAGCUCAUUGAGAUCAUCCAGCAAAUCAAGAUGAAAUGGGGUGGUCAUGUAGACUUUGAUGAUUUCUGUGAGCUAAUGGGGCCGAGGAUGGUGGCUGAGACAGCUCAUAUGGUCGGGCUGAAAGAGCUCCGCUGUGCCUUCAAACAGUUUGACUGUGAUGGCGAUGGAAAGAUCACACUUGAUGAGUUGAAGGAGGGCAUGAAAACCCUCCUCGGGGAGAAGCUGAAGAAAGGCGAGCUGGAGGAGAUCCUCAGUGACAUUGACCUCAACAAAGAUGGCAACAUUGACUUUGAUGGUGAGCGGUUGGGGACUUGUGUGGGAGAGGACAGACUUCAGGCAAAAAUAUGAAAGGGAAUCAUUAUUUUAAAACAGAAAAGAGUUUGUUAUGAUGCUUUCUGCACGAUGACCUCUGAUGGAAGAACACGGAGCAUUCAGCACCCGGAUUCAUCAGCUGCGUGCCAUUAUUUCUGUCUACUUAUUCCUAUUGUCCUUUUUCUUUUUUUUAUCGAAUAUUGAAUUUCACAUGGCUGGCUGUGAAAGUGUAAUCCACUUAGAGAUCUCUUUAUAUUUUCAUAAUAAAAGUUAAGUUUGAAUAAGUGCAGUGGGCAGAGGGUGAGUUAUGAAACCCUUUAUUGUAGUUGUUAAUGCUGCACUGUUGCCCUCUGGUGGCAGAGAAAUGUACAGCUUCCUGAAGCCUGAGCUAGAGCUGGUAUGAUUUCUCACCUAACUGUUUUUACUGUAUUUCCUAUGGAACUGAUGCAUGAAUGGCUCAUACUCGAGUAGUUGUUUCUGACUGAGUGAAGAAGCAGGUGUAGCUGCGUUGGAAACAGGCAAUGCUGCAUAUGAUCUUGUACAAUUUAGCAAUAUUUGCUAAAUUAGUUACACAAAUCAAAAUAAGAGAAGCUUUUAUUUAACAAUGUCAAUGUUGCAGAAAAAUAAUGCUCAGCUGUUCUGUGUGGGGACUUCCCCCCCCCCCCCAAAAAAAAAAACACCACCACAGCCAAUGUUGAAAAAAAAGUGCAUUUAUUAUUGAAAAUCGAUAACUUAAAACAUCUGAGCGAAAAAAGCGAGAUCUGUCCAAAAAGCCUUUGUACAAACAGUUUACAUACAACUCGACUCGUUCCCCCCCCCCUUGGGCUUUCUUAGAUAUUGUGAACACCCGGUAGCUCAAACUAAUUCUGAAAAAAAAAAAAAAAAAGGAUAUACAAUUAAAAGUAGUAUUCAUGCUAUGACCAAAAGAUAGGGAAUGGUAACCAACGCCAAAACCACAAUGCAAAAUGUUGUAAGGCAUACGCAGUCCUCUGACUGAAGCACUGCAGGUACCGUCCUUUCUCUUCCACGCAGACAGAGAGCAGCUUUUAAUGAAGAAUAAUGCUAACCCAAUAGCUGUAGGCAUGCUGUUUUUACUGGUUUCAAUUUGCCAUAAUAUUGCAAGACCCCCUUAGGAUUUCAAACACAACUUACGGACACAAUGUACAAAUAUUACUUUACUCAUAAAUUAAUUCAGUUUUAACUUAACUCAAUGGGAAGCUGGAUUGUUUUUUUGUUUUAAAGAAGACACUAAAAGCACUUCAAGAACCGAACCACUGGAUCCUGAAGACACACGCUCUAGAGGAAUCUUGUGGUCCAUGACAAGUAUGUGGAAGAAGGAGAUUAGGAAUUCAGGUUCACUGUGAGCCAACCAGAAAAGAGAAGCCAGGGCCAAACCUGAGGCUGCCAAAGGAAGAAAACAUUAGGAACAACAACAACAAAAAAAACACUUUUCAGGGUCACGUGCUCCUCUUAAACUCAGGUUAGGAGCAACAAAGUGCAUGAGAAGCUGGAAGAAACUCAAAGCUCGAAACAUGUAUUCUUUCAACAGGUCCUUUGCCGCUCCCUAGAGGCAGAAAUGGAAGUUGUGCAUGUAAGAAAAGUGUAAUACUUUUUAUCUGUGUUUGGUACACGUGCACCAGCUUUUAGUUGCACUUGGUUCGUGCAUACAUCACUUCACAGUUAUUCCUUUAAGUUAUCUUGCUUUUACUUUUUUUGGACUUUCAGCAUUUAGGAUUUUGUUUCACAGAGUCACGCCGCCUUUCCUCCAAAUAAAAAUUUUACAGCUCAGAAACAAAUCCAGAGAAAAAAAAAAGCCUUUCACAGGUCUUAUCAGUGUAGAAGCGUUUUUUGUUGUUGUUUGUUUGGGGUUUUUUUUUUGCAAUCUAUGAGUCAAAAUUGGGAGUCAUUAUCUCAAAAUCUACUUAAUAAUCACAAGUUUGAGUCCGUAAUUCAAAUUUAUGAGAUACCAGCUCUGCCUGGUAAUUUUUUUCUUUUGUUUUUCCAGUGGCAUAAUUAAGCUUCCAUACAUCAAAGACAAAACAAACAAACAAAAAACACUUUUCCCCUCAGUUCACUUGCAUUAAUCACAAAAAAGUGAUUAUGGGAUAUCCUACUCUGUCACUCAAGAGCAACAACAAGGAAAUAUUAACCACGUGCUGCAGUAACUUCUCUUGUUCUUGUUUUUCUGCAAUUAUUCAGGAAAUAUUUCUGGAAAUUGACAAUAAAGCAGAUGAGAAUA